AGAAGCCCCUGGGCUCUGCAGAAGCCAGGGGCUCCAGUUAAGAGCACAAGAUGACGUCAGGCCUCCUCUGCCUCCUAACCCUUCCAUUCGUCCUUGGUCGGACCCCAGGGGAUUUGGAGCCCCUGAUCCCAAGCACCCCCUCCAGUCCUUUCCCCGACUCUGUGUUGAGAUCCGGCUUCAACAACAGCUUUGGUCCCAGCCUUGGCUCCGUGUCUCAGUCGCUUUCCAAUUUCGCCGGCUUCGAGGAUGACCGUGGCACCUGCCAGUGCUCCGUGACCCUUCCAGACACCGCCUUUCCCGUGCAGAGAGUGGAACGCUUGGAAGUCACGGCUCACGUUCUCUCCCAGAAGUUCGAGAAAGAGCUUUCUAAAGUGAGGGAGUAUGUCCAGUUAAUCAGCGUGUAUGAAAAGAAGCUCUCCAACCUAACCAUCCGAGUAGAGAUCAUGGAAAAGGAUACCAUUUCUUACACCGAACUGGACUUCGAGCUGAUCAAGAUAGAAGUGAAGGAGAUGGAGAAACUGAUCACACAGCUGAAGGGCAGCGUUGUUGGAAGUACAACUGUGGUCAACCAGCUGGAAGUGGAGAUAAGGAAUAUGACUCUCCUGGUAGAGAAGCUGGAGACGCUAGACAAAAACAACGUUCUUGCCAUUCGCCGGGAAAUCCUGGCUCUCAAGACGAGGCUGAAGGAAUGCGAAGCCUCUAAAGGUGAAAAUGUUCCUGCCGCCCCGCCUCCUCCUGCCCCUGGGAGCUGUGGGCACGGCGGUGUGGCGAAUAUCAGCAAGCCAAGUGUUGUUCAGCUCAACUGGAGAGGGUUUUCCUAUAAGUAUGGUGCCUGGGGUCGGGAUUACUCUCCCCAGCAUCCAGAAGGGGGGCUGUACUGGGUGGCCCCUUUGAAUACAGAUGGGAGACUUCUGGAGUAUUACAGACUCCACAAUACACUGGAUGAUUUGCUCUUGUACACAAAUGCCCGAGAUCAGCGGCUCGUCUAUGGCCAAGGCGCUGGUAUCGUGGUUUAUAACAACUACAUGUACGUCAACUGGUACAACACCAGAAACAUUGCCAAAAUUAACCUGAAUAACAACAGGGCUGAAGUGACUCAGACUCUCCCCGAUGCUGCCUAUAAUAACCGCUUUUCGUAUGCUAAUGUUGAUUGGCAAGAUAUUGACUUGGCUGUGGAUGAGAAUGGCUUGUGGGUGAUUUAUUCAACUGAAGCCAGCACCGGUAACAUGGUGAUUAGUCAGCUCAACGACACCACACUCGUGGUGCUGAACACUUGGUACACCAGGCAGUAUAAGCCAUCUGUCUCCAAUGCCUUCAUGGUAUGUGGGGUUCUGUACGCCACCCGCACUCUGAACACCAGAGAAGAAGAGAUUUUCUACUACUAUGACACAAACACAGGCAAAGAGGGCAGGCUAGGUAUUACCUUGCGUAAGGUGCAGGAAAGAAUCCAGAGCAUUAACUAUCACCCUUUUGAGCAGAAACUUUUUGUCUAUAAUGAUGGUUACCUUCUGAAUUAUGAUCUGAUCUUUAACCGGGAACCCAAGUAAAUGGGUGAGGUUGAGAGAGGCAGAGAAUGUUCUUUAAAAAAAAAAAAAAUGGUCUUUUUCACUUAUUUAGCUAUCUGCAGGGGGAUUUGGAAGUGUGUUUGCUUAGUAGUGAUAUUUGGGAGAAUAGUUCUAUCACGCUGGAGUCUUGGGAUAUUUGCCCUGGUCUGAUGAGCUCUUUUGGAAGCUGUCUGCCUCCAGAGGUACAUUUCCCUACUGGAAAGAAGUUCAUUCCAGGGUGGUUGCGAGUGGGGAGGUAUAGGGGUAGUGUGGGUCCCAGGAAGGUGUCAGUAGUCCAGGCAGCAUCUGGAAAGGAAGGAACUCGAAGAGAACUCUGCCUGGCUUUUGGGGAUUCUUUGUCCCAACAUGUCUCAAUGAUCAGUUCUGCCCCAUGUAGCCAGGCUAAUUCAUCCGUACUUGGAAGAAACCUGGGCUCACUUAGGCAGAUGGAUACCUGGAGCUCCUUGAGGGAUCGAAUCUCCAUCUUUGUUUUUCUUCCUAACACCUGGAACGACGUUUUAUAUAGAGCAGAUUAUAAAAUGACGUUUUAUAUAGAGCAUGCUUAUAUCUGUAAAACACUUAGAGUUUUCUAAAGAAAGGCUCUUUUAUGCAUUAGGUUGAACACUGUAAAUCAGUCCCAGCUGGACCUACAGAUGAGGCUCUAGAUUUUUCUCUGCUCCCUCUGUCCACCUAGGUCAGAGUCAGGAGAGCCUUCCUACCUCAUAACUUCAUUCCAAAGGCAGCUCAGAAGAUUAGAACCAAACUUCCCAGUUGAUUCCCACCACCCCCAUCCCCCACUCUCCCCAUUCCCUACUUCCUGCUUUUUAUGAAAAUUAACCAUUUUUUUAUGGCAUGGAUAUAAGAAAAACAAAAUCAUGGUUUUUUGUCUCUUCAUGAAGUUUCAUUUCCAUGACUCUAAGACUGUAGGAAGAUCACAUGGCAGAUGAAAUAAUAGCAUAUGUGGUUAUAUCAGAAAGCCCUUGGAGCAUAUGUGACACUUGUAUUAAGUCAUAUCAAUUGUUCCAUGCAAUUUUUGUCUUUGUUUAAGCCUGGAAGCUGUGAGAAAAUGAAGUUUUUUGAGGAAGAAAUAUUAAAAAAGAACAAACACUGAUAGUAUCUAGCAAACCAGUGCAGUUUGAGAACCUUCCAGGUGUCUGUGCUUCUGUGCAUUUGGGUGGGUUUAUCAUCCAGUCUUGGUCACUUUCCUUCGAUGUUCACGAGUCCAGUCUAUCCUUCAAUGCUGUAAUCAUCCCCUUUUGAUAAACGAUUAAAGUGUAUUUUGGUAAAAA